CGUCAUUUGACUUCUCCAUAUAAAUAUGGGCCGUUCUUUAAGCCGAGUCAGUGUUCCAGCUGAGUUCUUACCAAGAGAAUAGACUGAAUAUGCAUUUCAUCGUUUGUCUUCCUUUCGUUGUUGCCUUGGCAGUGGCAACUCCGGUCAUUCCCAACACGAUCUGUGCGGCCCAACCGGAAUCUAUCGCCUACGCCACUCCUGAGGGUUCCACGUCUCAAAUUGAAAUCGAAUUCCCUACACCCAUGUCUGCGCCUUCCUCGGGAUCUCCAUUGUCUGCCUCAUUUACUGACGAUAAAACCAAGAUCGAAUAUGAUUUUCCUGCGCCGAUAUCCGCUCCGCCUCUUGUUCCAGUAGCCUCUCCUGCUCGCAUUACCUACGCACAACCAUCUCGGGACAAGGAGCCCCAAGUCGAAUAUGAUUUCCCAACUCCUAUUUCCGCUCCGGCUCCAUUUUCGUACGCCAUUCGCCAACCCGUCCAAACUGCAAGUCCAGUUUCUGUUCAGCCUGUUGGUACACUGCACCGUGUUGUCCCACACGCCUUUGAGACCCGAGUCCACUACGCCGAGACUCCCAUUGUCGUCGGACAAACUGCCCACAUCAUGAAGCCCAACUUGGGAGCUGGUGCCCAUGUCACCAACUUUGACUUUAUGGGACUCGCUCAGACCAAAGGUGCUGCCCAGGAAUCCCACGCGCAGAAAUCGAAAGUUUUGACACCAGUUCGCAGCGUCUCCGAGAUUACUCCUCAGGUGGCCGUCCAGCACCCGACCAAAGUCAACGUGCAGAAGGUCGCUGUUGAGGUGCCCGUUGCUGCUCCCUACACCCAGCCCUACCCCGUUCCAGUAGCUCCGCAAUACGAAAUCCACCGAUACCAUCAAUCUCGGCAUUUUCCAGCUGCUUUUUCGUCUGUUGGUAUGGCCAACAGUGAUCAUUUUACACGUCAACGCAAGCAACAAACUAAGAAAUUGACAGCUAAUUUAGAAAGAAGGAAGGUCCUGAAGAAGGUUGAAACACCAAUGUCAACCUCCUACCGUUCCGCUCAUUUCCUGUCAGCCCCUGAAGCUCCGCGCUACUUCCGUCGGCUGCUUCCUGGCAAGACGUUCGCGAAUUUCUUCCAAUUAGAUGAGUCUGCCGAAGAUCGUGACUCUUACGAAACGUACGACGAUUAGUUUCUUGUUCUCAUUUCCCUUCUUGUGUAUGCAAAAUAUUCAUUUCACUUCCACUUUAUUGAUCACUCACUCCCAACGGCGCAUGAGCUACGUGUUUCUGAAGUUGCCUUGUGCUUAUUUUGAUUUAACUCAACUGGUUUAUUACUGCAGAAAACAAGUAGAACAAACAAUACAUAAUUUUGUACUGA